AGAUGGCGGACGUUCUAUGCAGAAAUUGUUGCUGGCAUUGAUAAGAAAUGUUUCCACUAAAUACGAAACAAUUUUGUGCUGCAUUCCUGGAUGUAAAGCGUAAUAGUCAAGGUUAUAACGAGGAGGUCAGUUCAGUCGACAGGGAUGCAACCAAGAAACUACUGCGGCCCUUCCAUAUUCCCCAAAUCGGGCCUUCUUCUAUUCCACAAUGUCAUCAUCUUGGGACCAUGAUGUGGAAUUUCAUGUGGAAUUGUGCGAGAAGAGAAUGUUAUCCACCCGCUCAUCAUUUGGAAUCAAGAGAAGACUCACGAAUUGAAUCGCGAAGAGCACCUGAACGAUCAUGUUCUUCAGUUCUUCCGGAAUUUGAAUUACAUCGCGUAACUUCAAAACAUAAAGCACGAGAAGCAAACGAGCGACAGAGUGCGGAAAAUAUUGAACUUUCAAGACUAGUUAAAACACAAUCUUUAUACAAGACCUCUUCUACAAGAAGUACUGAUUCUUCUCGAAACAAUGUUUGUUGUGUGGAAGCAGAACCACAAAACAGAGGUAUCCUCCAGCAAUCUAGCUGUGAAGAAGCAAAUGUUUCCAAUGAGACUUUUGUUAAUAGCAAAUUAAGUAAAUCGAUAAAAGCAUCCCACUGGGAUAGUGACAUGAAAUCUUCAGAGUCUGAACAUUGUAUUGUCUCAGAUUAUUUUGACAGAGAAUCAAAGUUAAGUCCAACUUGCAAUGUACUAAGUGAGUUGGAAACCAAGGUGGAUGUUAAUGGUAUAUAUGGCAGAGAAAGUUUGCAAAGCGAUUUGGUGUGUAAUGGUGAUUGGUGGCUAAACAGCGACAAUAUUUCAAACCUCAAGGAUUCGACUGCACUUCUCAUUCCUCAUGCAUAUAGCAUUGAGGAGGGUGAUUUUGUUGGCAAAAAGAAAUUUUUAGAGAGAUUGCUUGAGACAGAACUGCAAAUAAAGCCUUUGACUCUGGUUAAGGAUGGCAUUUACAGCCAAAGGCCAGUUUCAAAUACUUUUACCCUAAAUCUGAACUUGGAGACAGUGAUGUCCAUUCUCUGCACUGAUGAGGAACAUUCAAAAAAUGCUGAACACAGUGAUAUUGAUCUAUGUGGGAAGAUUUCCAUUCUGUAUGGCAUCCAGGAUACAAUAGUGUCAGUGGUUGCUAGUGAGGUGGUAGGAAUGUAUGAUUAUAUCUCAGGAGCUGUGUAUGGAUUGAAGGGAUGCUGUCAUGAUGAAUCUGAAUAUCAGUUAAAGGUAAUUUAUUCUAGUAACUAGAAGGUUGGUGGCUUUGAUGAACUAACAUAAAUGAAUUGGUUGUACUAGACUCAGGUUAAAUAUAGAACAGGUUUCUAGUUAAAAUGAUGGUCAGUGUCUCUUGUCAGUGUUCAGUCAGUGUUGUGUGGAGACUCCUGCCUGUUUUGUUGAAUGAUUCUGCCUUCUACAAAAAUGUGUCUAUGUUUGAAAAUUGACUCAUAAAAAUUUGGCAGAUUUGUCAUGUAGUCUAAGCAUCAGUAACUUUGUGUUUCGUCCAGUUCUAGGAUGAUUUGUCCUGCAAUCUAUUAGUAACCUUUUGUUCAUAGUGAGUUCUCAAUCAGGCUUUCCAACCAGUCCAGGUAUAAAAUUGUCCGAAACUUGUCGUGAAGGUUGUGGGGAAGUGCAUGUAUUUUGUCUUUGUGUGUGGCUGUGGACGUUUCGCAGUAGCAUAGCUAAAGCCAGACAUCUUUUGUCAGCUUGUCUUGCAAUGGUUCCCAGUGGGCCCAUGAAAUUGGAUGAUAUAUCUCAGUAACUGUAGCUAAGUUGUUAACAUAUAUUUAUCAAAAUUUCCAUAAUAUUAAAGCUAGAAAUGCUGUAAUUUCAUAAAGUACUUUAAAUCAGUGCUUAGAAUUUGUUUAUCUAUGUAGGACAAGAAGUCCCCCCUUUCAUCAAGUGCAGUGAGUUUGGACCUUAAGGAAUUCAUAGUUCAUUUUCAACAAGAACUGAGAAUGUCAUCUCACAGUGUUGACAAUGACAAUGUGUUAAAGGAGCACUCUCCUGUUGCCUGGUUACUGAUCUCACCAGCUCUUGGAGUGACCCUUGACUGGCAAGUACAAGAGAAAGUCCUUGAAUUUAUAGAAACCUUGUCAUCAGAGGAAUUUGCUGACAAGCAAGCAUCUGACAGUUACAACAAAGGAUGUUUUUCAAGCCAGUGGUACAAUCUGUUGGUAGUUGUUGACCAAUAUCGUUGUUGUGAGAAAGAUAUUCCACUGAUUGAGGUAUUUGAGUUUUGCAGGACUGGUGAAAUAAAUGUAGUAAACUUUGACUUAACUUAAACGAUUAGAUCAUGUGAAACAAGCCUGACUGAAGAAUGGAACAAUUUAAGUAUUGCUGGUAAUGCUGUGUUUUAUACAUUUAUGUCAUCAUGUAAACUACUGGUUAUAUUAAUCUGCAAGUUUUUGUUUUACAGUACAUUGUAUGAGCUCUCUCAUGUAGCAAAAGUUUAACAUUUGUUUGUAGCCUCUCUUAUAUUUUUGCAAGAUUUUCAACUGCUAUAAAGAGGUUAAACUUCCUUCAGGAAGUGUUCAAAGAUGAACUUUAACCUUUAACCCCUAAGAGUGAUUUACUUCUAAUUUCUCCUUACAGUAUCAACCUUGAUUCAAAUGUAAAGGUUAUCAGAAUGUAGGAAAUAAUCACCAAUUUAAGUAGCUCCUGAUUGUCAAACAAAUUCUCCUUGUCAGUACCAAAUGUAAGGGCAACAGUGUGGAGAAUAUUAAUACUAGUUAGAAUGUACAGGGUAAGGAACUCGAGAUGAGAAUAAAGCUCUUUUAAUUUUUCUCAACUUGGCCAAUCAAUUACUCAGCUGAAAAAUUUUGAAGUGAAGGAGAAAAAAAAAGGCGAGGUUACAGUUGUAUUUAUUAGUUCCAUAACAAGAAGUGCCAUUUGCCAAAUUUAAAGCAAGAUCAACAUUGUUAGGCACAGCUUAAGUAGACUACCCCAAAAGAUUUCCAUUCAUCAAAUAGUUCCGGUUGCAGCAUUAUGCAAUUUUUUUUGUUCGUAUUAAAAUAUGCUGC